AUGAAUUCCCCGUUCCCUUUGAAAGCUCCCCUCGUUCCUCCCAGCCAGAAGGCGCGCAGGAAGACCGAGGCACACGUAAAGCAGGCUCUUCGCGACGCAGGAAAGGUCGAGUCGAACCGCCAUCAGAAGCGCUUCGCCACGAGCAACAGCAAAGCGGAUAAGAUCCGCGAGAGCGCGCUCGCGAAGGCCAAAGAGGGCAGGGCGCGGGCUCCACCUCAACAUACGGCUCGGCCCACGCCCCAAAUCAUCGACGACGACGACAGAAGUGCGUACCCCGCUCCCUUAAAUAUCCAGAAAAAGACGCCGCAGCCGCCGCAUCAGCAGCAUCAGCGACAGCGCUCUGUGAGGCGGACAGAGCUAGGUAAUACCGUCCCGGCGUUCAGGAACGCGGCGAAGGAGGUCGGCCAGAGCCAUAUCCACCCGGCGCUCCGGACCGCUGCGAGGCCAGCGGACCAGGUACACCCAGCGCUCAGGAACACGGCGUGGCCAUCAGGCGAGAUCCACCCGGCGCUCAGGAACCUGCCGCGGACCCCAAGCCCCCGUCGCAGUGUGUCAGAUCUGUCACAAUCGUCCAUCGAGCGGGACAUUUGCUCCUAUCUUGGGUAUCCCAUAAACUAUGCCGACUCGCCACGGGAGUCUGACGUCUCGCCAGUUAACGUAACACGGAAGCUCCCGUAUGCCUCCUCACGCAAAAGAAGGUAA